GCUAGCUAGCUAGAUUUCAAUCCACAUCUCAAUUUAGUAGCUAAGGACAAUUUUGUCUGCAGGUAACUAUAAACCGGGCUUUGAGUUGUAUUCACAUUUGAUUACAUUAACGUUUCCCCUAAGGCUAAUUUGGUUGGCUGGAAAUGUUAGUUGGCUAGCUACAGUACUGACGCUUAGACGCGAGUGAGCGAACGUAGGUAGCUACACAGGCUACGCGUACUUUAUUUUUUUUUAUCUAGCCAACUAAUGUGUUCAGGGCCAUGCCUAUGUGAGUGAGGCUAGCUAUAAUCAUUCAUUUUCUCUUAAGAUGCCUCUUCCCCCGGCGUUACUGGCUCGCCUAGCCAAAAGAGGGAUUCUUAAGCACUCCGAUCAAGAUGUGGAUGAGAUCAUUGCUGAGGACUAUGACGACAACUAUGUAGAUUAUGAGACCACUGCCCGUGAGAAUUUACCUCCCAACUGGUACAAAGUAUUUGACCCUAUUUGUGGUCUGCCAUACUACUGGAAUGUGGAAUCUGACCUGGUUGCCUGGCUGUCCCCAACCGACCCCAAAUCUAUGAUAACCAAAGCUGCCAAGAAGUUGAGGGCAGAGGUUGGAGAGGACAGAGAGAGACAAAUUGAAAAGUCAGACAUAGAGAGGGAGCGGGAACCAGAAAUGGAAAGAGGAAGGAAUGAUGGGAGGGAGAGAGACAGACGGAUGCAGAGGAGAGAAGACACUGCCCCCUACAGCAAGAACAAACGAGGGAGGAAGGAUGAGGAGAUGGACCCAAUGGAUCCCAGUGCUUAUUCAGAUGCUCCCAAGGGCAAUUGGUCCACUGGCUUGCCCAAGCGCAAUGAGGCAAAGACGGGGGCAGACACCACGGCAUCAGGGCCUUUGUUCCAGCAGCGGCCGUACCCCAGCCCUGGAGCUGUACUCAGGGCCAACGCUGCCAAUAAAAAGCCCCCCAGUGAUUAUGACGACUGACCACAGGGCUUCAAACUCUGAGGGAAACACAGAACUGUGGGCUCAUUGUCUGCUACGUUUGGAUGAAGUCUCUGAAGUUACCAUUCUAUUUUCAAUCCAUACACAACAUGGAAUUUGAGACUCUUGAUAAAGCUUAUCCGGUGAGGCGAAAACAAGUUGUCAUGUGCUUCUGUACAUGUGUAAAUAACUUGGUAUUCUUUUUGUAUUGCUCGAAUGUUACCUGUAGGCUACCUUUGUUUUCAAUGAUCAUCAGAUGAGUUGCAUUUGCUAAAUAAAUUACUCAUUUUGUUAAAAAA